CUUUUCUCUCCACUCUACUGUUUUACUUUCCCCUUCAUCUCCUUCUUCACAAAGUUCGAUAAUGGCGUCGAUCUCCACUCUCCUAUAACCAACUACUUCACAGAGAAGCAUGAGAAUGGAACCACAGUAUCCUAAACAGAGACAGUACGGAGUAGGCCCAAUGGAAAUGUCGAGACAGCCCUCACAGCACUCCGAUAACGACCGGAGCAGCGUUGAGCUUCGCGCACUGGAUUGCAACCUCACCUCCCUCUGUGACCAUAUCCAAUCGGAAGGCUUCAACAACGGAUCUUUCUCCGACGUCGUCGUCCACGCCAUGGGCUCCACCUAUCAUCUCCAUCGUCUUAUCCUCUCCCGUAGUUCUUACUUCAGAAAUAUGCUUCAUGGUCCUUGGAAAGAAGCCAAUGCUCCGAUUUUGACUCUACAAGUGGAUGAUAACAAUGUUAAUGAGGAGGCUAUUGCAAUAGCUUUGGCAUAUCUUUAUGGACAUCAUCCAAAGCUUAAUGAUAAUAAUGUAUUUCGUGUUCUUGCAGCUGCUUCCUUUCUUGACCUUCAGGAUUUAUGUGCAAUUUGCACGGACUUUAUUAUAUCAGAAUUGUGGACUUCAAACUUCUUAGCAUAUCAGGUGUUUGCAGAGAGCCAAGAUUAUGGCAUACAUGGAGAACGUGUUAGAAAUGCUUGCUGGGGCUACCUUUGCCAAAGUGGUGCUAUGGAGUUGAAAGAGGUGCUUCCAAAGCUUUCUGCUCAAACUUUGCAUGCACUACUGACAUCAGAUGAAUUGUGGGUACCAAGCGAAGAGGCACGGUUUGAACUGGCAUUGUACUCUCUUCUCUCAAAAUGUGCUCUUUCCAAGGCUGAACAUCCUGAAGAAGAAUGUUCCAUUUCUGAGAUGGGAACAAAUACGCAUUCUGAUUCUUCUGAAGUAACGGAAAAGAACUUGAUUGAUGGCUGCACUAAUAAAAUGCUGGAAUCUGAACUAGGGCAUAUAAGUUUGAAAGACAAACCUGAAGGGCAUGAUACUGGUCAUCAUGUUUUGGUUAAGCUUGCAGACUGUGUUGUUGAUUCUCACACAUUUGCUGAUUCCAAGCAACAGAUGAAACAAGCCGCAUGCGUUCAGUCUGAUUUGGAGCCAAGAUAUUAUUGCAACGUCGAACAACCCUUGUCAUGUAACUCAUUUUCAUAUACAAAGGACACUAGAUCCUCAUGUUCUUAUCUUGAAAUGCCUAUUGGUGCUGGAGCAAGUGGGUCGAGGGGCAGCGGUGUGGCUACGGAAGGGCCAUCUGAAGAAGGUUCAUGCUACCAAUUGAAUAACAAUAGUUGGCUUGCUGGGGACCCAAGACACUGUACUGCAGUGAACCCUUCCUGUAAUGGGCUCUUGGCUAAUGAAUGGGGAAGAUGUGGCAUGCCUCCUUUAUCAUGGGGUGGUAGGAUUGUGGGCCGAAGAGAGGUAAAAACUUGCGCACAAGGGAAUUGUGGGGUGAGUGGGGAAGAAUAUGAUGCAUUUGCCAAUGUUUUUGAAGGUGGCUCUCUUCUAUAUUGUAACAUGUCCUUUGAGGCACUGUUAAAUGUGAGAAAGCAGCUUGAAGAAUUGGGGUUCCCUUGCAAAGCCAUGAAUGAUGGUCUUUGGCUGCAGAUGCUUCUAAGCCAACGGGUGCAAGAAAUUGGCGCUGACACAUGCAAAAAUUGCUGCUUUGUGAGUAUGGCAUGUGCAUGCAGGCAGCAAUUUGGAGUUCUGCGUGGAGUUACUUCCACUGGUUAUUACCUGCAAGCUCAUGAUCAGAUUAAUCUAUCGAGCAAUAUCGGCAAUAUGUAUGUCACUGAUUCUGCUCAAGGUGAAGGAAAUGGCCUCUAUAGGCCUGUACGUGUGCAUGUUAGGGGGCCUAUCGAUGGACUAGCUGGUAUUGGAUGUGGAACUACAUUUGCACCAGCAGCUGCUUGGCCUCCCACACGUUUUGUCUUUUCUCGUGUACCCUUUGGUAUGGGCAAUCGAAACUGCCAGCAGUCUCUGGGUAAUGGUGAUUCUGAGAAUACAGCUGAUCACAAUGGGGACAUGGCUGGGGAUGGGUUGACAGCUUUGGUUGGGCUAAGCCAGGGAGGAAGCAACAUUGCUAAUGCUCAUGGAGAGCAAAUGGAGAGAGGAGGUGAGACAGAUCCAAAAAGCAGACUGGUUGGACCCUCAAUUGCUGGACCAAGUACCAGUGGUAUUCCUGUGCAGAUGCUAGACUCACCUGAGCAUGCCAUUGGGAUGGAGUGGGAGGACACAAACAGCUCUAUAUCAUUGGAUAUGAAAACACCUUUAAGUCAUUUCCCUCCCUUUCGCUUUGCAGUGGAAUUUCAGGAUGUGCACAGGCUCAGUGAUGGUCAAGUCAAGCACUCUUCAGAAGUAUUUUAUGCUGGUUCCUUGUGGAAGGUUAGCGUUCAGGCUUUUAAUGAUGAAGACCCCCAAGGACGCCGGACCCUUGGAUUGUUUCUUCAUCGACGAAAGGCAGAGAUAAGUGAUCCUCAAAGAAAGGUUCAUAUGUAUGUGGAUUCUCGUGAAAAGGUUACUGCUCGGUACCAGUUGAUAUGUCCAUCAAAAAGAGAAGUGAUGGUUUUUGGAAGCUAUAAACAAACCGGAACACUUCUGCCAAAAGCUCCCAAGGGAUGGGGUUGGCGCACAGCUUUAAUAUUUGAUGAGAUUGACGAUCUUCUCCAAAAUGGAGCUUUGCGAAUAGUUGCUGUGGUACAGCUAAUUUAACAGUGUUCAAGUCUGUGAUCCUAGUAGCUGUAAUUUGAUCAUUUUAACACUCACAAGUCAUAAAAAAAGCCCUUCUUUGUAUGGAACCACAGCUAAACAAUAUACUUGUCUUGUGAAUCGCUGCACCAGUUUGUGGACUAAAAGUCGGAAAUAUAUUCCAGCAUCCAUCAUGUUAUGCGAAUUCUAGCAGUCGUUAGAUUGUCCUACAUUACAAUGCCUAGUGUUUGCUAUUAUUGUUUAGUUUCAUUCGUUAUUAUUUUCUGUUAUAAUUAACCCGGGGGUGUUCGCCUUACAUUAUUCAGUUGAUUUGGAAUGUAAUAAGCUUUUUAU